AUCGCCGCCGGGGCCACAUCGCCGGAGGAUGGGGACCUGCUCGGGAGACCUGGCUCAGCCCCAGAACAGGAACUUGGCUCUCGCCCCCGCCGGGCCCCCGCACCCCCCUGGGAAGGAGCUGCCUGCGGCGGGCAGGGUGAGUACCGGGGCACUCCCGCAGCAGCACGGCACCCACCCCAAAGCCUUCUGUAACGCAUCGUUGGAUGGAGACCAGCCAGCCGGGACCCCUCCCCAUCCCUGAGGGUGCAGAGGGUCCCGUGGAGCAGUCUGUGGGGACAGUGUGGGGUGUCCCCCCUGUCCCCAGCCCCCAGGGUGAGCCGGAGCUGAGCUGUGCCCCCACACACCAGGACCCUGGGGUGGGCACCAGGCCCCCCCGGCCAGAGGUGGACAUGCUCUACAGGAUUGAGGACGUGCCCCCCUGGUACCUCUGCAUCCUGCUCGGCUUCCAGCACUACCUGACCUGCUUCAGCGGCACCAUCGCCGUCCCCUUCCUGCUGGCUGAGAGCCUGUGCGUGGGCAAGGACCAGCUCACCGUCAGCUACCUCAUCGGCACCAUCUUCACCUGCGUCGGCAUCACCACCCUCAUCCAGACCACCGUGGGCAUCAGGCUGCCCCUCUUCCAGGCGAGCGCGCUGGCCUUCCUUGUCCCUGCCAAGUCUAUCCUGGCCCUGGAGAAGUGGCGAUGCCCGCCUGAAGAGCAGAUCUACGGCAACUGGGCACUGCCGCUCAACACCUCCCACAUCUGGCAGCCCCGCAUGCGAGAGAUCCAGGGGGCCAUCGUGGUGUCCAGCCUGGUGGAGGUGGUCAUCGGGCUGCUGGGGCUCCCUGGGGCGCUGCUCAGCUACAUCGGGCCGCUGACCGUCACCCCCACCGUCUCCCUCAUCGGGCUCUCCGUCUUCCAGGCAGCCGGCGAGAGGGCUGGCUCCCACUGGGGCAUCGCCACACUGACCAUCUUCCUGAUCGUCCUGUUUGCCCAGUACCUGCGGCACGUCACCAUCUGCCUGCCCGGCUACCGGCGGGGCAGCGGCUUCAUCCUGCUCCGCAUCCAGAUCUUCAAGAUGUUCCCGAUCAUCCUGGCCAUCAUGGUGGUGUGGCUGCUCUGCUACGUGCUGACGUGCACCGGUGUAUUCCCCAGCCAGCCCGAGGCGUAUGGCUACAAGGCCAGGACAGACGCCCGGGGAGAGAUCCUGUCUGUGGCACCCUGGUUUCGGGUCCCCUACCCCUGCCAGUGGGGUCUGCCUACGGUGACCUCGGCAGCCGUGCUGGGCAUGUUCAGUGCCACGCUGGCGGGCAUCAUCGAGUCCAUCGGGGACUACUACUCCUGCGCCCGGCUGGCGGGAGCCCCCGCGCCUCCCGUGCAUGCCAUUAACAGGGCUGCUGGGAACCGGCAACGGCUCCACCUCCUCCAGCCCCAACAUCGGUGUCCUCGGCAUCACGAAGGUACUGGGGCCAGGGAGGGGUCCUGGCUGGGCCGGGGGGCAUGGGCGCUGUCACCCACUGCCAGUCUCUCCAUGCAGGUGGGGAGCAGGAGGGUGAUACAGUACGGGGCUGGGAUCAUGCUCGUGUUGGGGACCAUCGGCAAGUUCACGGCGCUGUUCGCAUCCCUGCCUGACCCCGUCCUUGGAGGGAUGUUCUGCACCUUAUUCGGCAUGAUCACGGCCGUCGGCCUCUCCAACCUGCAGUUCGUCGACAUGAAUUCCUCCCGCAACCUCUUCGUGCUGGGCUUCGCUAUGUUUUUUGGGCUGACGCUGCCAAACUACCUGGAUUCCCACCCCAAGGCCAUUAACACAGGUGUCCCCGAGCUGGACCAGAUACUGACGGUGCUGCUAACGACGGAGAUGUUCGUCGGGGGGAUCAUUGCCUUCAUCCUGGACAACACCAUCCCGGGGACGCAGGAGGAGCGAGGGCUGGUGCAGUGGAAGGCGGGCGCGCACUCGGACAGCGCGGGGAGUGCCAGCCUGAAGAGCUACGACUUCCCCUUCGGGAUGAGCGCGGUGAGGAGGAGCCGGUGGCUGAAGCACGUGCCCAUCUGCCCAGUGUUCACCGGGUUUAAGGCCCGGGCGAGGGGCGGCAGCACCGUGGCAGCCGCGGAUGCGCAGGACGCUGCAGAUGGGCUCUCGGUGUGCACAAAGGUCUGAGCAAAGGGAGGGCUCGUGCCCCGGCGCCGCAGAAGCCGAGCCGAGCUGCCACGGGUGCUGUCGGGGCUCGUUAGCACCCGCCAAGGCCAAAGCCGAGGCUGCUGGUGCUCAUCUCCAACGCAGGGUUAGGGAAACUCAAAGCUGCCUUUCAGGGACAGCCUGAGCUCCCAGGGUACCGGCCUGGGGACUGCCCCCCCCAGCAUCAUUGCUCCACCUCGAGCUUUAGCUGGCUGAGACUCGGGCGCUUGCUGAAGCUCGUUAGGCACCACCGGCACCAGCCAGAGCCCCCGGAGCCACCAACUCUCACCCGGAGCCACGGAUUUUCAUGCUGCGUCCUCGGCUUCAGCAGGGCUCCGCCGCAGCUGCAGCGGGCUCUGCGUGGGGUGCAGUAUCCAGAGCAGCAUUAGGAUGCCCGUUUUAAGAGCAUACAUUAAAAAUAAUAAAAAAUUCAAGCCCA